AUGCAAUCUAAGAAUUCCACCUCUCUUCCCCCGAUCAAAUUCCUUCUUGACUCUCCCAUCGAUGAUGGUCAUGGUCCAUUGUUUGGCUUCCCGGCACACACUCCAUCUUCCCCUUUGGACGCCUAUAACCGCCCUCAAAGUUUCCCCCCCAUGUCCACUCAAUCGACCGAGUCUCGCCACUCUCCUGUAGUUAGCAAACACGCAAGUUUGAGCAAUCUUCCUAGUCCACGUGCUAACAACAGCAUUAGAUCUUUGCUCUCACCUCCCCAAUCUCCCGAGAUGAUCACAGUUCAACAACCUUCUUUCGACAUUUACGGUGCUCGACAAGCCUCAGAAAACUAUGUCGCACCUCAAUCCGUCCAACCACCAUUGGAAUCCCAAUGUGCCUGCUGUGUGAGACCCACCCCUGUCUACUCUUCCUCUCACCCUCCUUAUAGUCAACCCACAGGAACAAUGUUGCCGAAUGCAUCGCCCAUCAAACAUUUUAGUUCUCACGAACAGAUGUCUCCAAACGGUUCCUCAAGUGGAAAUCGCUAUCAGUGUCCUUACUGCUCAAAGAGAUUUUCGCGUCCUAGCUCGCUCAGGAUUCACACGUAUUCUCACACCGGAGAAAAACCGUUCAUUUGCACCGAGCCUGGGUGCGGAAGGAAAUUUUCGGUGCAGAGUAACAUGCGACGACAUCUCCGAGUUCAUCGGAUGGGCAGAACUGUCAAGAAGCCCCGUUAUGAUGGUGAAGUAGAAGGCGUGAAGAUGCUAAGCCAUAAUGCCACCAUUCUAAGGGGAUACUAG